AUGGAUAAUCCAAAGAGAAUUUGUCAAGGCUGAGUGUUUGGUAGUCAAGGAGAGUAUUAUUGUAAAGACCAUCAGUGUAUUUUAUGCCUUCAUUGAAGAGAAACCUCUCAUUUUCAAUGAAGUUACCUAUCAAUCCCUGACUCUACCGAACUAAUCAAGAUCAUUCAGCACUUGGAGAAUUUUGUUGAAAGUUUAAUAGCAGAGGCUAAAAAAUAUGACUUGCUUGAUCAAAUUGCAAAUCUCAAGGAUGCUCUCGAAAAUAUUACAUUCAGCAUUUACAAACUCAAAGAAGAAGCCACCGUAUGUAUCAAGAACGAUGAAUUUAUGAAGUGGAAUGAGCUCAAGAGGAAAGCUCACCAAAUAAAAUCAGACAUUUUGAACUCGAAAUGUUGAAAAACAGAAGGAAGGCCAAACUAUAUCUUUGAGUUACUGUUUUAUUGCCAUAUUUUGAGGUUUACAAACUCAGACUAUCCGAGAACUGAAGAGGAGGAAUUAACAAAUUCGACUUUUAGUUUUAUGAAUAAAGAGUCAGAUUAUACGAACAUUUUUGAAUCAGUUACUGGAGAGAAUGAAAUCAGACUAGAAGAUUCUUGUGAACCAGAUACUCAAAACAAAUCACAAUCAGAAGAAGAUGACUCAGGGGAAAGCGAUUUAGAAGAGGAGAUAAACCAGCUUAAAUCCACUAUAAGCAAACUUUGAUGAGAGAACAAAGAACUUAAAGACAAGAUUUUACGAGAUGAAGAGGUAAAGCAAGCCAUGGAGAAGGAAAUACAAGAGAUCAAGAACGAAAAAACUUUAAUGCAUACUGAGAUUAUACAGAGAAGAAAUAUGACGAGUUUCUGCAACACUUAUAUGAUCCUUAUGGAAAAGCAAACUAAAGAGUUUCAAAAAAUGAGGUGACGUGUUCUUUAUAGAGACCGUGUUGCUAAAGACAAGCAUUUUAACAAAGAGGCUUGACUUUCUAUAAAUUUUUGGAAGCAGUCUCUUUGAGAUUUUAUGACUGAUUUGAAGAUUCACAGAGUUAAGAUUCCACGGAUUAAAAAGAUGACCAUUGAAGUAUCAACAAAAAAAGAUCUUAGAAGUUCCAACACAUUUAUGCUAGAAUCCAUUGGAGAAGGGUCUGAAAUAUUCAAAAUCAACAAUCUUGCCUCUUUAAAGUUUGAUAUUUCAAGAAUCAUAAAAGGAGUUACUCAAAAUUUGCCUAAGAUUACUCAAUAUGCGAUGCUUACAGGAUGGAUACUAGACUCUGAAGAUCUUAUCAAGAUCAUAAACAGUUGACCACGGGUUUUGAUGCUUUUGUUCAGGGAUUGUCAUAUUAACGUAGAUGAUCAAAUCAGGUUUUCUGUUGUUCAUUCUAGAAUGAGCUAUUUGAGUUUCCACAGCACAACAUUCCAAACCUCAAAUGACGAGAUUGAGAUAGAUCAGGAAAACAUUUUUGCAAGAAUUAUUGAAGCAGUUAGUGCAUCCAAAAUAAUUUCUACUUUGAAGGCAAUAAAUAUUUAUAACUGCCAUAUAGAUAUAUCAAAGAUUCACGAGAAGUUAACUCUUUAUGGCUUGGGACACAUAUCAAUCCUAAAGGAGACUCAUGACUCUAAAAUAAUGUUUAAUUAUAUUGAAUAA